AUGGGCGACAUUAAAGAAGAAGAUUGGAAUUUACCGGAGUGCAAAUACGAAUAUCUGGACCAUACAGCAGAUAUUCAAAUACAUGCGUGGGGAAGUACAUUGUCUGAAGCAUUUGAACAAUGUGCCAAUGCUAUGUUUCAUUACAUGACAGAAGUUGAUUAUAUUGAAAUGAAAGAGUCGUAUGAAAUAGAAGUUGAGGGCCAUGACAUGAUGACUCUUUUGUAUAAUUUUCUUGAUGAAUUGUUGUUCAUAUUUAGUGCUGAACCUAAUUAUAUUGCAAGAAAAGUACAAAUAGAAGUAUUUGACACAACUGCAUUUAAAAUUAAAGCUAAAGGCUUUGGAGAAGAGUUUCAACUUGGAAAACAUCCUCAAGGAACAGAAGUAAAAGCUAUAACAUUUUCCAAUAUGCAAAUACAUGAAAAUGAAGGGAAAUGUGAAGUGUUUGUAAUUUUAGAUAUUUAA